AAACAAUCGCUGGCUACAACCCCCCAACAAGUCAUCGGACCUGUCAAUCAUCCGGUCGGCGCCCUUUGAUGUCGGGACUCCUCGCCUUGUCUUGGGCUCAAAUGAGCUGUUUGCUGUUGUAGGGAAACAUUAGUCCUCUAAAGCAGCCAGCCGGGGGGACGAGAAAUCUCAACUUUUUUUCCCUUGAAUGUGGUUGGGGUUUCUACACUUUUAGAGGCGCCCCAGGCAGAGGAGAGAAACUCCGUACAUUCUCUUUAUUUAUACUUUUUCUUUUUGUUGUUCGUCUUUUUUUAACUUAUUAAACAUCGGCAAAGGGAGGUGGGAGAAGUAGACAUGCCUCAGCUCAGCAGCGGCGGCGGGGACGACCUGGGAGCGAAUGAUGAGAUGAUAGCGUUCAAAGACGAAGGGGAGCAAGAGGAGAAAAUCCAAGAAAACGCGUUUACAGAGAGAGACCUGGCCGACCUCAAGUCCUCUCUGGUGAACGAGUCGGAAAUAAAUCAAAGUCCGAACUCAGCGGCGGUGAGACGGGGACAGCAGGGCGAGCAGAGGGGCUACCAAGAAAAGCACCGGGAGCAUCACGACGGAGUGUCGAAGCACCAAGAUGGAGGCAUGUACAAGACGCAGGCGUAUCCGGGGUAUCCGUUCCUGAUGCUGCCUGACCCCUACCUCCCCAACGGCUCCAUUUCUCCAUCUUCCAACAAAGUGUCGGUGGUACAGCAGUCUCACGGGAUGCACCCCUUGACGUCACUCCUGCCCUACAGCAACGAGCACUUCAGCCCGAGUCCUCCACAUCUGCCCACAGACAUGAGCCAAAAGACAGGCAUUCACAGGCACCAGUCCCAGGACCUCUCGGGGUAUUACUCCCUCCCUCCAGGCGGCGUUGGACAGAUCAGUCCCUCCAUGGGCUGGCAGAGUCAGCCCGUCUAUCCCUCCCUCCCCCCCUGCGGCUUCAGGCAGCCCUACUCCUCCAACCUCUCCAGCGCCUCCUCCUACUCCAGGUAUCGUAGCCUGCUGGGCGGACCAAGCCAGAUGCAGCCAAGAAAGUUCCCUCACUCUCUGAUGCUUGGCCCAUCAGGCAUGCAUCCCACAGGGAUCCCCCACCCAGCCAUAGUGCCCCCUUCAGGCAAACAGGAGCACGAUCAUUAUGACAGGAGCAUGUACAUGAAGCCGCAGGUGGAAGCCAAGCGGGAGAAGGAGCCCAAGAAGCCGGUCAUCAAGAAACCCCUGAACGCCUUCAUGCUGUACAUGAAGGAGAUGAGGGCGAAGGUCAUCGCAGAGUGCACAUUAAAGGAGAGCGCCGCCAUCAACCAGAUCCUGGGACGAAGGUGGCACGCACUGACCCGGGAGGAACAGGCCAAAUACUACGAGUUGGCCCGGAAAGAGAGACAACUCCACAUGCAGCUCUACCCCACCUGGUCUGCCAGAGACAACUACGAGGCGGGCCUUAGCGGGGUCGCAGGGGAAAAGAGUAAAGCUGAUUGGGUUGCUCCAGAGGUUGCCAGGCAGGGACUUCAGUCUGCAGCGUCCACGUCUGUGAGGGUCUGA